CGCAUGAUGUAUCUGGCUAGGCAAGCAUCGUUUCCCAACACGCUCAGUCAUUGUCACAUCCCCCUACAGACCCGAAUCAUCGCGGCACAACCGGCGGCUGUGACCUCCUCGAUGGUCCGCGGGACGCCGUUGUGAUCUUGUAUCGAGGCAAUGAACCCCUACAAUCAGCAGCCAUACGGGUUUCCGCAGCAAACACCAGGCCCGCCACAACCGCCAUGGCAAGCACCUCCUCGAAGACAAGGAUGGGGAGACCCCAGACUCCACGGGCAGCAGCAACCAACCUCUCCAGUAUCUCCCUAUCAUCCUACCGCACCCUCGUCGAAUGCGUUUGGACCUCCCCUCCCACCUCCUCCGCCGUCUCAAUACCCUCCGCCGCAGCAGUUUGAUACACACCAGUGGGGAGUCCGAUAUAACCAGGGAUUGGGCCCGCAGAAUCAGAAUCAACAUCAGGAACCCAAACCUGCUUUGCCGCCGCGUCCUUCCUCUGCCGCGGGUAGGAUAAGCCCGCAGCCUCAUCAGACAGGCUAUUCGCAGCAGCCACCACCGGCAGCAUCACAACAGCAGUAUCCGACAUCGUGGAAUGACCCCUAUCACCCAAGCACGUCUGUACCACCUCCCCCACCUCCCCGACCGGCUGAGUACCAGGCCCAGAUACAAGCCGCCCAUCAUGGUCGAACGGGAACUCCCCAUCAAGAAUAUUCUCUUCAGCCUCCUUCCCAUCACUACGAUCCUCCGGCACCGCAGCAGAACGCAUGGAACACACAACAUGGACAGCCAGUGGAGCCACCGUAUCACCCAACACCGCCUCCGCAACAGAUGUCAGGCGUAUUGGACGGUCCAUUGGUGUCCCCAAUCGAUUCCACGAGUGGUUAUUGGGGCAGUGGUCACCAGGCGCAUUCGAGUACAAGCCAAGCUCCCGGCCACUACAAUCCUCCUGCUGCGAUUCAGAAUCCAGACGUCAAGCCUGCAUUCUCUCAGGCAUUAGGGUUCGGCGGGCCUUCUGAUUGGGAACACUACGAUCCGAAUGCGCCUCCCCCAGAGCAAACACCGACGAGCCCUCCGCCGAAUAAUCUAUAUCAGGGCCCCAUCUCCCCUCCUCAGACACACGCAACCCUACCUGCUGCGUAUCAGACUCCGAAGCCAGAGCCUAUUCUCCCGACCCAUGCCGUUGAGAUUGGCAUUGCCAGUCCAGUGACACCGCGGAAGGACUCGCGGGCUCAACCUCCUCCGGUGGUCGACAGCGCUCCAUCUCCGCCGUCACAACCUGCUGAUGAGAGACCUUCGUCUGCUGGCCAAUAUAGCGGCGAUGUUUCCGCGCGUUCUGACAGCCUCAAUGGAACAGGGAAUAUCGACAGCGUCAUUCAAGCAUGGAAUGCCCCCUUGAAAGUCCGCUCUGCCCAAGACUCGACGCCGAGACCCGAAUCUCGUGCAUCUGCUCCGCGGGUUACAUCUCCGGAGCCAGGGCUCUCCCCAGUUAACGUAAAAGUGGUUGAUCCCUACGCUGAUCUAGAGCCGGAGUUCAAAGCAUCACUGAAGAGAUACGCGGCGAUGCUGCGAAAGGAGGCAGAAGCCGAGACUGAUGACGAGAAAUUCGAGGUCUUCCAGAGCUUUGUAACCAAGGAGCUGAGGCUGAGGAGUCUGCUUUACGGGGUUGAGUUGAAGAAGGAAGCAGCCAAAGAGGUCAAGAAGGCGGCCAGUUUGGCAGAUAUCCAGGCUAUUUUGCCGUCUUCCACAAUUCCCUCCAGCGUGACGAGUAAAGGUCCUGAUCGAGGUAACGAGUCAGUCGACAGACUAUCUGAGCCGGUAGCAGCACCGUUGCUAGCCCGGCAAUCACAAACACAACCGUCGAUCAACACGAUACCAGAACCCGCCCAAGCGCAUGUUGUGCAAAAGGAACAACCGAAGCCCGACAUUCCCAAGCCUGCAGAGGCCGUCACUCCUGCUCCAGAGCCGCCAGCUACAGUAAUCGUGGAAGGCCGUCCAAAAUCGAAGGAUGGCCCUCAUGUUAUGAUUCCAGUGUCGAGCCAGGACGAAGCUUAUAGUCCUGGCGGACGGCCAUUGAUGACAAAAGCUGCGCCUGGCGGUGAGGAAGCCUACAGUCCUGGGGGUCGCCCAGUUGUGACGAAACCGACAGACGGCAAUGGAGAAGCAUAUAGCCCCGGCGGUCGUCCACUCGCUGGCAAACCCGUUGCGGCUGCAACAAAGAAGCCUUCCUCUAUCAGCACGAUCGUUCCACAGCAGCUUCGCCAACAUUCAGAAGAUAUGAUGUCGCCCAGCAAUAACGCCCCCAUGGUCAUCGAAGACUAUGCAACCCCUGAGCCAGCCUCACCAAGCAUGAACGCCCCAAUAGUGGUAAUGCCCGAGACUCCACAGGCUCAAGCUUCACCAGGACGGCCGUCUCAAGGUAACGGUAGCAAGCCGAUCGUGCCUAUCAAAUUCGAGCCUCCUCGUCCCGCUUACACGCCAUUUCGCUACAGCACAGGUGUCCAGGAAGAGAAGAACAAGACCCUACAACCAGCAGACCAAGCAUACUCCUCGCUACGAAAUUCGGUGGCUGAUUCAGGUCGUUUGAUGGCUCAAGACACGGCAUUCCUAGCGCCUGUUAGGCCAACCUCCGCCAGCGGCAAAAAGGAACAUGAAGAGGCAUUCAUCGGCUUGAUUAGAAAGCAAAGUAUGGCCGUGAGACAGAAGAACCUUGGAUCAGGCCCUGGGCUCCCCCCUCCAGCUAUCAGGCCAGGCAGUGAGCCUAAGUCCACCACCUCCCUUAGGCAGGAACCGCCACUAGUUAUGCGUGUUGGGACUCCUGCUACAGUGUCGAUCAAACCACAACAGGCGCCGGUGGAUCCCCUCAAAGCAGCUGUGACUGCGCUUCGUUCCCUAUUACCAACCGCAACAGACAUAUUUUCCCCUAUUGAGGCCAAUCCCGAACAUCCGAAACUCCAACUCAUCAAGUCCAAGAUCGACUCCAUCCCUGACGCUUUCUCCUUCAUCCACGACUCAGUUGUGGAGUGGGAUCGCACCAACCGACUUGUCCGCAAAGAACAGGAGGCUGAACGACAGGCCCGGCAAGAAGAAUCUGAAGGACACAUUGAUGCGCUCUUCAAUGACAAUGAGAUUGGAUAUGCAGAUAUUGGGGAAUUAGAGGCGGAAUUCAAACUUAAGGAAGCCGAGAGACGGUUCGACGAGGAUCAAGCAGAGUUGGAAAGCUUCACGAGCCAAGUUUUCGUGGUAGUGACGGAGCGAUUGCAGAAAGAAAUUACGGAGCUGAUGACCGCGUAUACCAUGGCGAUUGACUUACUUGAUAUCGACAGUUUGGCGGUGUCUCGCUGCUUCAAAGCCAAUGAUAGGAGGAGUGCAGUGAGGAUGACCGAGGUCAUGUCGUACGUCCUCACCUUGUUCAACAAGAUCGAGAUCCGACAUAACAAAGUGGCCGAGGCGCAUGUGGAGCGUGAGAGACGUCGCAAACACCUUGAACUCACUGUUUUAUACACCAACGGCGACGUGCAAGGCGUGAAGAAACUGGAGAAGGAAUAUGCAGUGGCGGAGAAGAUGGCUGUCCUGCACGAGGCAAGGGGCCGCGACACCAGGGCGAACAAACUGAUGGAUUCGUUCGAUCGUGCCACCGUCCGCGGGCUCGGCGAUAACCAGGUCUUCACGGAUGAGGUCUUCAGCAGGCUUCAGGACAUCAAGAAGGCAAUCAACGCCGGGGCAAUUCAGAACGAGAAAGAGAGGCUGUACGAACCCGAUGGCGCAAGGGAUACACUCUCACUCGCUCAAAACGCACUGGACACCGUCGUGGCUGAUUCUCGGCGAUUACUGGCGCUCUCGAAUGAGGCAGACGUGUUGCUCAACGACUCGGACUACAACGUAUCGGUCGCGGAGGCGCGGGUAGCCAAUGCAGACAAACCGACAUAUGCGAACCUUGAGAGUGAGAAGGCCAAAGAGGACGCGAAGUUGAUUGAAGAGAUGAAUGUGCGGAUCAGCAGUGUCACUAAGGGGCCGCAGGAGGGCAUCUCUUUGAUCCGCGAGAUGAUUGACCAGAUCGGAGAUGAUCCGGCACAUCAGGAAAGGAUCAAAAAAGCCUUGGAGGCGGCGAAGAUGAGAAAUGCGAAUGGAGCGACGGGGGCGAAUGACGGAGGGUGAUGUUGAGAGGGGGAGGGAGCAUGGGGAAAGCAUUUGGUGUCUGUGAUUGUUGUAUACUCGCACGUGGUUGGACAUUUUGCAUGUCUCAAAGCACGAUUCUUGGAUUCUAUAUGGGUGGUAUAUUUUCCGAACAAGACAAGUCCAUUUAUAGCCUCUUGCAGGAGUAGUCUGGAGGAUAAGAGGGUGGCACCGCGAGCGUGGCUUUGGGCCUUGUGAGAUGUUGGCUUCUUGAUAAGACAGUCAGCUGGCACGAAUCUCGCUACGCCAACACAGACACUGUUGCUCCCUCGUACGACUCAGAGAAGCCGUUGGCCAAUGAAGAGACUCGUUGUCCAGAUAUCGAGCCCCCCGGUUGCGUGUGAUAUCUGGCCCUGCUGGGAAAUCUGUGCGUCCAGGAAGAUAA